AUGCAAGGUAAGCCUCCAACUGAGAAGCAAUUCGAAAUCUUAAUUAGAAUGCACUCUGAUGCUAACAGGGGUCUUAGGGUAUUCUACGUAUAUGAAAAAAUGAAGAAAUUCGGAGUAAAACCUAGGGUUUUCUUGUACAAUAGAAUCAUGGACACUCUUGUGAAAACCAACCACUUCGAUUUAUCCAUGUCUGUAUAUAACGAUUUUAAAAACGAUGGAUUAAUGGAAGAGGGAAUUACUUUCAUGAUCUUGAUAAAAGGAUUAUGUAAAGAAGGUCGAAUUGAAGAGGCCCUCAAGCUUCUGAACCAAAUGAGGAAAUUAUGUAAACCCGAUGUGUUUGCAUAUACUGCCAUGAUCAGAAUCUUGAUUUCAGAACAAAAUCUAGACGGGUGUUUGAGGAUUUGGGGAGAAAUGGAGAGUGAUAAUGUCCACCCUGAUGCUAUGGCUUACACAACCUUAAUUAUGGGAUUAUGUAAAGGAAAUCGAGUCCAAAAGGGUCAUGAAUUCUUUAAAAAUAUGAAACAAAAACGGUAUUUGAUCGAUAGAGCUAUUUACAGAUCAUUGAUAGAAGGAUUUGUGAAUGAAGGGAAAGUUGGAAUGGCUUGUGAUUUGUUAAAAGAUUUAAUUGAUUCGGGUUAUAGAGCCGAUUUGAUGAUAUAUAAUCAUCUUAUAAAAGGGUUAUGCAACAUGAAACAUGUUAAUAAAGCUCUUAAACUUUUCCGUGUUACAAUCGAAGAAGAUCUACAACCCAAUUUCGAUACUAUUAAUCCGAUAUUACUUUCAUUUGUUGAAUUGAACAAAUUCGAUGAAUUUUGCAAGUUUCUUGAACAGAUUCAGGGUUUAGGGUUUAGGGUUAUCGAUGAUCUUGUGAAAUUCUUCUCAUUAAUGGUAGAAAAGAAAGAUAAAGUCUUAAUGGCUUUAGAACUUUUUGAUAACUUAAAACAAAAAGGUUAUUUCAAUGUCCCGAUUUACAAUAUUCUCAUUCAAGCACUUUAUGAGAUUAAAGAGGUGAAAAAGGCAUUAACUUUAUUUCAAGAAUUAAAGGAACCGGAUUCAUUCACUUAUAGCAAUGUAGUUUCGUGCUUUAUUGAGAUCGGUGAUAUUCAUGAGGCAUGUACAUGUUACAAUAAAAUAAAGGAAAUGUCUUUAUUACCCUCGGUUGAUGCCUACGUGUCAUUGGUUAAAGGGCUUUGUAAAAUUGGUGAAAUUGAUGCGGCGUUUGUACUUAUUCGUGAAUGUUUAGGUAAUGUCGAAAAUGCCCCUCGAAAGUUUAUGUAUACUUUAAGAAUUAUCGACAUUUGUAGAUCAAAUGAUGCUAAAAAGGUGAUGGAUGUUAUUAGUGAGAUGGUGGAAGAUGGUUGUAGGGUUGAUGAUGUGAUAUGUUGUGCGGUGAUUUCGGGUAUGUGUAGAUAUGGAACAAUUGAGGAGGGUAGAAAAGUCUUUUUGCUUAUGAGAGAGAGUAAGAUGGUUACCGAGUCGGAUUUGGUUGUGUAUGAUGACUUGCUUGUUGACCAUACGAAGAAGAAGACAGCUGAUUUAGUGCUUUCUGGGUUGAAGUUUUUUGGGCUUGAAUCAAAGUUGAAAGCCAAGGGGUCUAAACUUUUGCCAACUUAA